AUGAAAAAAUUCAGAUCAGAAGAGUCCAAAAGUAAACCUGACCAUCAACCUUCAUUCCAGCAGAGGUAAGCAUUAGGCUAAACAAGAAACUGACUUGCCUUAUUCUACUGUUGACCUGUAGUUUUAGAAUAAUUGAUCAUCUUUCGUUUAAAAGUGAACUGGGUGUAAAACAUCCACCACAGUUCAAUUGUUAAUAAUACUCACUGGCCUUUGAAUUCUUUUGUAGUGCAUUUCUAAAAACACAAACUUACCCUGCAACAUCUGAUGUUGAUGUUAGUUUCAGUAGUGAUGCAGACCACCUUACCAAUCAACAAAGGUAAACAUUACAUUGAACAAGAAAACAUUAACCUGACUCUCACUAAAGUUAAACCUUAUAAAGAUAAUUAAAGUGAUGUUUGAAACUGAAUCAACAGUAAAACAUGCACCAAAAGAUCAGGUACAUGAAUUCACAUAGCCAGUUAUCUUUUUACAGCACAAGUAAUGCCUCAUAUGUUGGUGUUCUUCACACAUAUGCACAUUCUGUAACAUGUGAUGGUGAUCCCAGUUUCACCAGGGAUACAGAUCUGCUUUAUGCAUCCUUAAUUCAUGGCACUUUGCUCUACAGCAGUGAUUCUGAAGGAGAAAAUGUCCCUGUGGCAGUAGAUGAUCCUCAAGUGUUUCAUACAAAGACGAGGUGGUCAUUAUAAGAAAUACUAGAACAACUAGCAUUUAAGAUUAAUGAAGAUAAGAUAUCAAAAUGUAAUACAAGUCGUAGUCAUCUCUGGGAAGGUGCUUUAAGGGGGCUCAUAAGAAAAUCUUAUUCUCCGGAUAACAAGGUUUCAGUUAAGUUUACUGAUGAUUCUGGAACUUCUGAGGGUGCAAUUGACUUAGGGGGACCAAAAAGAUAAUAUUUUUGGACGGCAAAUUUCCAAUGUAAUGGGUGUUUCAGUGAUUCCUUACAUGAUCUAGGUUCGCCUGCAAAAUAUCUUUAAAACAGAACCACAAACAGGACUGUUUGAUUUAACACAAUCAUAGAACAAUAAAGCUAAGUGGCAUGGGUAAUUAUUCGACGGCAAAUUUUCAACCACAUGACUCGACGACUGAAACCGUCCACCGCACCAUGAAUGGCAAAGCCGUAUGGCUUUAACUUAUCGUAGUCGUCAACUUGCCAUGCAAAAUUCGGGCCUGGGUUAGUGGACGACCUUCUCCUUAGUGCACAAACCUUUCGCAAGGCUUUUCCUUCAGGUUCAACUUGUUGUAAAAUCCCUUCCACCUUUCUUCUUGGUGCUUGUAUUCUGUAAUCCAAACGAAGGGUGUGCCACAUAGCUCGAUAACCCCUCACAGGCGCGUAGCUCUCUUUAAGCCAGGAAGCCCGGGCUUACAAACUUUUCUCGGAAAAUUUAUUUCUUCUUGGAACAUAAAUAUUCUUUUAAUUUCAUAGAACUAGUUUUUUAGGUGAAUGUUAAGAAAACAAGGAAAAAAUUGCAAAAAAAAAAAAAGAAAAAGCCCAAGUGCUUUUGUCCCCAUCCUUCUUUUCGGGUUUCUUCCCCACGUCUACUUCUAUAUUUAUAUUGCAUUUAAAUGUGACGCGUGCAUCAGUGGUUGGGGGUUUUGAUAAAGUUUUCACUGUUUUGUGUAAUAUGCGAAGCAAUGCUUUUAUCGGGUGAACGUUUUUAGGUAUUUGUUCUACAAGGCCUGUCCAUUAAACGUGCCAAUUUUACUGUACUUUGCAGAAAGAUUUUUAAAAACCCAAAAGUAAUAAUGAUAGCGAAAAAUUGAUUGGUUUCUGAUUGACCGCUUUAAAUGAUUGCAAAAACCCACGUCUGCUGUGUGGCAAACAAAAUUUUGCACUAAGAGGAAGUUAAACAUCAAUUUUCUUACCCUCCUUCAGUUAAGAGCCAAGACUGAUCGUGUGCUUGCAGGUCACUUGAAUAGCGAUGAAAGCAGAACAAUUCCAAAGUACACUUCGCCGGAUAUCCAGAAUGAGUUCAUUGAAUUUUGUGGCGAUUACAUCCGCAAGUUAUUGUUACGGGACUGCAACACUGCCCACUCUUUUGCUUUCUUAGCAGAUGAAGCUACAGAUUCUGGAGCAAAGGAGCAGAUCUCAGUAUGUAUACGUUUCGUGCAGAGAAAGGAAGGAGAAAACAAGGAAGAGGUGAGAGAGGACUUUCUUGGGUUCGUAGAGGCAGAAAGCUCGAAGGGAGUAGCACUAACUGUUCAUGACACCCUUACUGAGUUUGGAAUUGACAUCCAUAAAAUGCGAACACAAGGAUGUGACGGUGCUGCAAAUAUUUCAGGAGUACACAGGGAAGUACAGGCCGUCAUACGGCAACAGGUACCAGAGAUAGUGUACUGCCAUUGUAAGGCGCACUCCCUUAAUCUUGCCAUUGGUCGUGCUUUUGGGGAGCCCUUAAUACGCAAUAUGUUAACCACAGUACAAACCAUCGCGUUUGCGUUUGACUAUUCAGCAAAGCGACUGCUGGCCUUUCAGGAGCCUCUUGAUCAGAACGUCCAAGUCCGAGAAGAAAUGGAUAGGCGUGCAAAGCUACGAACUCUGUGCGAGACAAGAUGGGUGAAUAGGGCUGAUGCACCUUCCGUGCAGCGUUCCCACUCAUCGUUCAGGUGCUCGAGAUCUUGUCCCAGGAUGGCGAUGUAA